CGAACCCUUUGCCACCGAUCACAACAUCCAGACACAGACUUCUAGGACAGGCAAAACUGGAAAUUAAAAAUGAAGUCUUUGCUGCUGGUGGUGAUGCUGACAGCAUGUGAUGCAAGUCCAGAAGAUCUGUCAGGUAAAAUGUUCACCUUUCCACAAUAUUCAAACUCUGCUCAUGUGAGACUGACAACAUCAAGACAGGAUCUCAGUGCUGUAACUGUGUGUCACAGAUCCUUUACAGAACUUACAAGAGACCAUGCCUUUAUCUCUGUGUCCACACCCUCUAACUCCAAUGCCAUUCUGAUAAUCUGGGACGCAGUAAACAAAGAGAUGGAGCCCCAUAUUUGGGAUAAAAAUGUAAAAUAUGGAGGGCAGGACUACAAGCCAAACAUGUGGCACUCCAUUUGUACAACAUGGGACCCUACGUCUGGACUGGUGCAGCUGUGGCUUGAUGGAAAACCUUCAAUUAAGAAAUUUCUCGGCACUGGAAUACAAAUCAGAGGAGACACUAUAAUUAUGUUAGGACAGGAGCAAGAUUCCCAUGGUGGAGACUUUGACAUGAAUCAGUCUUUCGUCGGCAUGAUGUCCGAUGUCCACAUGUGGGACUACGUCCUAUCCCCAUGUCAGAUCCAGAAGUACAUGGAUGAACUCAACUUCACUCCAGGGAACGUCCUCAACUGGGGUGCACUGGAGUUCCAGAUCACAGACAGAGUGGUGAUAGAAGAUAAAAUAAAGAUGGCAUUGCUGCUCCUACUGGUGAUGCUGACAGCAUGUGCUGCCAUUCCUCAAGAUCUUUCAGGUAAAAUGUUCACAUUCCCCCAAUCAACCAACUCAGAUCAUGUGAGGCUGACAACACCAAGACAGGUUCUGGGGGCUGUAACUGUCUGUCUCAGGUCCUUUUCAGACUUCCGUAGAGCUCUCAGCCUUUUCUCUUUGGCCACACCCUCCGUUUUCAAUGAAAUUCUAAUAAUCAUGGAUACUGCAAAUGAUGAGAUUGAUCUCUGGAUCAGGAAUAACCAUGUAGACUUUAGAGGGCAGGACUACAGUCUGAACACAUGGCACUCAGUUUGUUGCACAUGGGACUCUGUGUCUGGACUGACGCAGCUGUGGUUGGAUGGAAAGCCCUCAAGUAGGAGAUUGAUCAGCUCUGGUUCCAGCAUCAACGGGCCGAUUAUAAUUGUUUUAGGUCAGGACCAGGAUUCCCAUGGUGGAGGCUUUGACAUUAAUCAGUCUUUUGUUGGCAUGAUGUCUGAUCUCCACAUGUGGGAUUACAUCCUAUCCCCCUGUGAGAUGAGGAACUAUACAGACCAUCUGAACUUCCCCUCAGGGAAUUUGCUCAACUGGAGUACACUCGAGUUCCAGACCAUUGGAAGAGUGCUUGUAGAAGAUAAGCAAAAGACCUAUUGUUAAACUUUUUCAAAGUCAGAAA